AGCGGCUCCAUGUGUGGGACGGGUCCUGUGAGAAACCCGCACAAGGAGGGCCAUGUCACUGGAGGCUCCAGCUCAGGCUGUGCAGCACUGGUGGCAGCACGCAAGGUUGAUAUGGCGAUCGGCGGCGACACGGGCGGUUCAGUCAGGCUUCCAGCCUGCUGGUGUGGCAUCGUGGGUCUGAAGCCGACGUACGGGCUGGUGCCGUACACAGGCGCCUGCAGCAUGGAGCGAAGUUUCGACCAUCUGGGACCGAUGGCGGCGACGGUGCGAGACUGCGCGCUGCUGCUGCAGACGAUAGCGGGAUACGACGACGGCAACGACACGAGGCAGCCGCGCGACCUCCACGUGCCCAACUACACCGAGCAGCUGAAGGGCGACCCCAAGCAGUUAAAGAUAGGAGUAGUGAAGGAAGGCUUUGCCAACUGCCACGAUCCAGUGAAUGGCAUAGUGAGGGGAGCGCUGGAUAAGCUGAGAGCUGCCGGGGCAACGGUCGAAGAUGUGUCUAUACCGGCUCACACUAAAGCUUUAGGUGUUUACACUGCCAUUACGACGCACGGUAUAGGGGAGAUCAUGCUGAAAGCAGAAGGCGUCCAAAUCGGGGAUCGUGGGAUGCAGUCUACGGCACUGGCGGAUGCACAUAGGCGUGGCUUCCGCGCACACAGUCAGUACCUUUCCUACACUCUCAAGCUGUUCCUGCUAGCCUCCGACUACGUGCGUGAGGAAUACGGAUUCCACUUCUACUCCAAAGCACAAAACAUUAGCCAUGAGAUAACAGCCAGCUUCAACGCUGCCCUAGAGAAGUAUGACGUGCUAGCUAUGCCAACCAUCGUUUAUCCAGCGCCAGAGAUCCCGACAACCACGACCUCUAUCGGAGAGAUGAUCGACCACUCGUCAGGUAUGCUGCAGAACACGGCAGUGUUCAACGUCACCGGACAUCCGGCGAUCUCCAUCAACGCUGGCUUCAGGCGACGGCCUUCCGUCGGUCCAUGCUCGUCCGCAGACU